AUGUCCGCUCCUCCUCCGGACAGAUCAGCGCCGCCGCCCGCAGCCAGUGGCCGCCCGCCACGUGGCGCUCCGCCGCCCGCCGCCGCCGCGGCCUGCGGAGCCCAGGGAGGGCUCGCGCGAGCCCGCGCCCCCACCGCGGUCUGCCUCCUCACCUCUCUGCCCGCGCCCCUCGCCGUCCUCCGGCCACAGCCCGGUCGCCGCCCCGCCCGGAGCUCGCCCCUCGCGGUGGCCCCGCGCCAUGGAUCCAAGCCGCCACCGCCGCCCUUGGAGCUCACCGUCGCCGGAUCUACAGCACCGUCGCCGGAAACGAAUGGAUCGGGCGAAUCCUCUCCGGAUCCGCGCUUCCCGGCGCCUCUACGGCCUUCCCUCGCCGGCCCCGCUUCGCCGGAGUACCACGCCGCCGCGCCAUGGCCUCCUGCUCGUGCAGGAGCACAGGAGGCCGACCCCUCGCAGCCCCCCGCUCGGUGCCUGGUGGGCCCUUGCCACCCCGCGACGCAGCCCAGCGUCGGGCGCUGCCCCGGCCUGCCUCCUCAACCGCCUAGGCCCAAGCCCAACGUGAGCACCCUCCAGCUAAAACCCGCUCUGUGCGCGAUAUAG